GGUGCCUUGCCGAUCCAUUCGGAGCCGGGAGUGAAGUGGCCGCAGUUGGCAUCCAUCGAUCGGCCAUUUGCCGCGAUGGCUCAGAUCUUGACCCGAAGACACGGCAAGGACGUUGCUGUGGACGACCAACUCCCAGAGAUGGCUUGGGGCUUUGACUGUGACUUCCACAAUGACCUAUGGUCAUGUGCACUUCCUCCAGAAGCAGGGUCGCUACUGGACAGGAGCUUCAGCUUACAGGAUAUGAUUCGUUCAAAGGAUACUGCACUUUGCGCCGAGCAGCUGCCACCUUUGAAUGGGAGCAUGGUUCUGUCCGUGUCAGUGGCGCGAACAGGCUCCGAGACACUCAGCCAAAUGCUGGCAGAAUCUUCGGGCCUCCAUUUGCACGACCAUCAAUGCAAUGCUCACACGUUGCUGGAGCAUGGAGCUGGGCAUGUGAUCGUGAGCCUCAGACAUCCAGUAUCUCGAAUCGUGUCUGGAAUGCAGUGGCACACGCGUUUGCACAACCUUUCAUUGUCGAUCGAGGCAGCUUUGAAUAGCUCCAACAUGUCGAAAAUUUCGAAAUCUCAAGCUAAAGCUGCUGCCGGUGAUGACGAGCAGAGUGACAACGGUCAACUGUCCCACGGUGCCUACAGCCUUCAGAAAGAGGUGUUUUCCUUUGAUGAUUUCAACCACAGCUAUGUGGAUGCGCUGCGGAACACUUCAGAUCCGAACCACCGGAUAGCCCUGGACGUGCAGUACCGGCCUUACAGCAACAGCAUUUUCAUGCCUGUGGUGGACUUCUACAUGAAGGGAGUCACCAACGAAGAGCUGAGCCGUGUGAGCUUCGUGUGCACCUGCACGCUGAAAGAAGACAUGGACAGAGUCUCCAACGAACUGAAUCUCAAUCUGGACACGGAGAUUUUGACCCAUGAAUCUGUAUCGAGUAGCGAUGAUCCUGAAGUCCAGCUCCAAUGGUUGUCGCAGAGAAACAUCGACUGGAUUCGGGAGAUCUACGCCGCAGACGAGGCAUUUUACCUUCAACAUUGCAGCCAUUGUGAGUCCAUAGCGAACCAAGCCGCGUGAUUCUAACUUGCAAAAGCGGGAAAGGCGGCAAGGCCCGGCAAGGGCCGGCAAGGCCCGGCAAGGCAAGGCGGCAAGGCCACCUGACAGACAGUUUGAAUGUGGG